AUGAAGACUGCGUCUUUCAUCACCGCCUUUAUGGCCGGUAUUGCAUCUGCCCACCCCGGCAUGAACAUGGCAAAGAUCAUGGCUGAGGCUGCUAUACAGGCUCGCCAGGCUGGCGCCGCCGGCCCUUCCACUGAGUUGAUUGGAGAUCUCGCAACCCUUAAGGAGGACAAGCUCACCGACACUGGAAGGAACAUCAAAGCCAUCUUAACUCUGAAAGCCAGCGGCCUGGACCAGGAAUCCACUUACGAGGCCCCAGGCCCGAAGAGGUCGCAGGAGUGCAGGGAAGAUACGUGCUGCAUCUGGAAGUUCAUUGCCGACGACAUGGCCGAGCAGAUGGUGGGCAACGCUGGUCGCUGCAACAGUGUUGCCCGUGGCGCUGUCCGCCUCGGCUUCCACGAUGCCGCCUCUUGGUCCAAGACUUCGGGUGGCACUGGCGCUGACGGGUCCAUUAUUCUCGCCAAUGAGUGCCGCACUCGCGACGACAAUAAGGGACUCGAAGAGAUUUGCGACACUAUGGAAGGCUGGUUCAACAAGUACAAGAAAUACGGCGUCACCAUGGCCGACAUGAUCCAGUUUGCUGCCAAUGUUGCUACCGUCGUCUGCCCCCUUGGGCCACGCGUCCGCACCUUUGUCGGCCGCAAAGAUACCACCACACCCUCCCCACCCGGCCUGCUACCCUCGCCUUUCCAAGAGUCUGGUGAAUUGUUCAAGAUGUUUGCGGAAAAGUCUUUCACCCCCGGUGGUCUUGUUGCUCUCCUCGGCGCGCACACCACCUCCCAGCAACGCUUCGUCGACCCUGAGAGGGCUGGUGCUCCGCAGGAUACCACACCCGGUGUCUGGGACGUGGCUUUCUACGGCCAAGUGCUCAGCCGCAGGACUCCUCCCGCUGUGUUCAAGUUCCCCAGCGACAUCAGCAUUUCCCAAGAUCCCAUCACCAACGACGUCUGGAAGCAAUUUGGUGCUGGCGCUCGCGGCCAAGCAACAUGGAACGAGGCUUACGGUACUGAGUACGUCCGCAUGUCCAUGCUCGGCGUCCCCAAUAUGAACGACCUUACCGAGUGCACUAAGGUGCUCCCUCCGUUCAAGGGCCGCGACUUUAGGUCACCCGAUCAAAGCGAGCUCGACAAGUUCAUGAACGGUCUUCUCCAGUCGGCAGGCGAUGUCCUGCAGGCCGUUCAGGCUCUGGAUAAGGGUGACAAGGUGAUUGCCCCCGGCGCAAACGGAGCCCCUGGCCCUGCUGGUCCUCCUGGGCCUCCCGGACCCCCUGCUGGUCCUCCUGCUGGUCCUCCGGGUCCUCCUGGCCCUCCUGGUGGCCCCCCGGGCUUCCCUGGUCGCCCCGGUCCUCCUGGUCCCCCUGGUCCCCCGGGUCCUCCCGGUGGUCCUCCGGGAUUCCCUGGACGCCCCGGCCCUCCGGGACCCCCUGGUGGCCGUCCUGGCCCUCCUGGUCCUGGAGGACCUCCCGGCUUCCCUGGCCGUCCCGCAAAAGCAUAG